AUGCUGAAGCUACAUACACUGAGAGUGAGGGCUGCCCUGGUGCGAGAAUGCAUGGCUGAAUUUCUGGGAACAUUUGUUCUUCUGCUCUUUGGUUGCUGUGCAGCAGCUCAGGUAAAAACCAGCCGAGAUACCAAAGGCCAGUAUCUAUCAGUCAACAUGUCCUUCUCUGUGGGAGUGAUGUCGGCCAUGUAUCUGGUCAAGGGGAUCUCAGGUGCCCAUCUGAACCCCGCAGUGACUCUAAGUUUCUGUGUUGUGAGAAGGGUAAAGUGGGGAAGGCUGGUACCCUACUGCCUCUCCCAGGUGCUCGGAGCAUAUGUGGCAUCAGCGCUGGUCUAUGCUGUCUACUACGAUGCUAUAAUGGAGUUCAGUGGAGGAGUCUUGACCGUUUAUGGCCCAAAUGAAACAGCAUCUAUAUUUGCCACAUAUCCAGCUGAGUACCUUACAUUAGGCAGGAGUUUCCUUGAUCAAGUAGUGGGUACUGGCAUGUUGAUGUUAUGCAUCCUAGGUUUGGAAGAAAAGAGGAAUACCCCUGCACCCUCAGAUCUGGUUCCUCCUAUAGUUGCAACAAUUGUGCUCGGGAUCGGGAUGUCCAUGUCAGCGAACUGUGGCGCUGCAAUAAAUCCUGCUCGUGACCUUGGGCCACGCCUCUUCACUUUGACUGCCGGCUGGGGGACUGAAGUCUUUACGUGUUACAAUUACUGGUUCUGGGUUCCAUUGGUGGCUCCACUUAUUGGAGGCCCUCUAGCGUCUCUGCUUUAUUUGAUCUUCAUUGAAUGGCAGCUGCCUGACCCAGAACCCUCUCCAAGCCUCUCAACAGAUUCCAUCAUUAAAAACAGCGUCAAACGGCCUGCAAGACUGGCAACAGGAGGCGACCUAAACUCGACAUAUUUUUAG